AGGGUUCAUCUGAACAGGAAUAACCGAAGAGUAAAGGGAUGGGAUAUAAAUUUUAGUUAUAUAUUUUCGAGUAGGUGUAAUUCCACAAAAAGACUGAAAUUAAUGGCCAUGAGCUCCUAUUUGAUCAACUCCAACUAUGUGGACCCGAAGUUCCCACCCUGCGAGGAAUACUCACAGAGCGACUAUCUGCCUAGUCACUCUCCGGACUAUUACAGCUCCCAAAGGCAAGAGCCAACCGCCUUUCAGCCGGACUCUCUUUACCACCACCAUCAACACCACCCACACCACCAGACGCAUCGCCCGCAGCGAGCUGAGCCGCCAUUCACGCCAUGCCAGCGUGCAGCGCAGCCUGCCUCAGUGGUGAUGUCCCCUCGGGGUCAUGUCAUUCCCCCGACAGGGCUGCAGACCACCCCGGUCAGCGAGCAAAGCCACCGCUGCGACUCGGUCACACCAAGCCCACCUCCACCUCCGACUUGCGCUCAAACGCCCCACAGCCAAAGUACUCACUCGCCUGCAAGUACUCGUAAGGACCCGGUAGUUUACCCAUGGAUGAAGAAAGUGCACGUAAACAUCGUGAGUUCAAGCUACUCAGGGGGAGAGCCAAAGCGCUCGCGGACGGCCUACACGCGCCAACAAGUUCUGGAGCUUGAGAAGGAGUUCCACUACAAUCGAUACCUGACGCGCAGGCGCAGGGUGGAGAUCGCCCACACUCUGUGUUUGUCAGAGCGGCAGAUCAAGAUCUGGUUCCAGAACCGGAGGAUGAAAUGGAAGAAGGACCACAAGCUGCCCAACACCAAGGUCCGCUCUGGGACAAACACUACCACCAAUAACCAGACUCUGUCCGGCUCCCAGAACCGAUCUUCCAGACCCCUAUAGCGAGCUUUUGCUCCCUGUCAGAUUGUUUUUGCUCCCAUGUUCCCAAACUGAACGCUGAAAGGUAAACCACACCAGAAGCUGCACUUUGGAUCGGAAUAAUGCCUUUGUUCUUAAGAUGAGGCAGAUCUCGUGAACGACUGAACGGGCCUGAUCUACGCCGCCACCCGCUGUAGUGACGUUAGGACGUCAGAAGACGUGGAAGAGGGGGAGUUCCCUAAAAUAAAAUAUGAGAUAAACAAAAAUAAUCGAGGGACACAAACUGACCAAAACAAAUAAACAGCCCGCUUUUCAACCCGCUCUCUCUCUGUCUCUCUGCCUCUUCUCUGCUUGCUGUUCUUCCAGCAGAAGACGGUAGGUUGAAAUCAGUGUUCUCGCGCGCUUUGUUUCCUUCUUCUUCUCCAUCCAAGAGUUUCUUCAGGAGAAGAUGGAUUCUCGUUUUCUUUUUUAAUCAUGCCAAACUCGCGCCCCAUUUUUCAUGUUUACCGUGUGGGUACAAAGCAAAGGGGUGAACUACUGUCUUUAACCCCCCCCACCCCCCACCCCCUCCCCCUCCCCAACACACACACACACACACAAUCUUCUUUAUAUCACUGACCCCCUCUCACACGUGUAAUAAAUGGCGCUCGCGUCCCGUUCCUUAAUACCCCCCACCAACACACAUGGAAUUUACAAAUUUGAAGAAGGAAGGAAGGAAGGAAGGAAGGAAGGAAGGAAGGAAGGAAGAAAGAAAGAAAGAAAGAAAGAAAGAAAGAAAGAAAGAAAGAAAGAAAGAAAGAAAGAAAGAAAGAAAGAAAGAAAGAAAGAAAGAAAGAAAGAAAGAAAGACUAUCAGAUUGGCAGUUUUCUUUCUUCCUGAUGAAGCUUCAUGAAAGAAAAAUCUUUUCUAAACUGUAUAAUAAUUAUUUUGAGUGGAUUGCUGGUUGUAUGUAUGUGACUGUUCCUGUUUAGGGUGACGCGGGACGUUCAUGUGGUUGAACCGCCGAAAGAAAAGUCUUCUGUCAACUAACUAAAAUGAUCAUUGAAGGCAUUUCGCACGACUUACCAAACAGGGUUGGGGUUCUGCCUAAAGAGAGGACUCUAAUAAUCUCACCAAAACUGUCCAAAUAAUAUCAUACGAGCAGCACAAAAUAAUGUACUACCUAUUACCUCAGCUGUACAUAUAAAUAUUAUUGAAUAAAAAAAUCACCUUAUUUUGUCUUGCUCGUUUAAUGAAGUGAAACGUUUCAAGUUUUUAUAUUUUUUAAAAUUGUGUGUGCAGUAAUUAUUACCUCGAUCCCAAAAAAACGCUAAUUAUUUCAUGUAUGUGGAAAUAAAAUGUAAUUUAAUUAUUCUCAGUUAUUUUAGAAAGGAACGUUUAGAUAGGAGGAGCAUUUCUUUACCAAAACAGCAUUCAUUUACAUUUCUCUUUCCUCUGUCUACACAUUAAAUGCGGAAUCCUUUUCUUUUUUGAUCUUUUCCUCUUUCUCUCUCUCUGUUCUUUCACGUCGUGCCUUUAAGUAGAUUUUAUUCUGUUUUUAUUGAUGUUUUUUAUUUACACUCCAAAUGUAAUUUUCAAUUGUUUCUGAGGAUUUUCAUUACAAUGAUGGUAUUUUCAAGGUGUGUGACCUCUCCGCAUAUGUAAGUUGCUCCUUUCUCUGUUCAUGCCUCCUCAGUGUUAUUCUAUUUGUAAAUAGUUCAUAGAAAUUUAAAUAAAUGACUGAAAAUA